AAAGUUGUUUGCAAUCCGCCAAAAACCGAGAGAGAGAGAACAACAAUACAGCAUCACAUGAUUUCACUUCCGCAACUCAUGCUGCUAGUGCUAACACAUUAAUUCAAAACAUCAGUGGACUCAGGGAAGUAAGGACCGUAGCUGGAUGUGGGGAAUUCUGCCUUAAAGCUGCUUUAUUUUGUUCUUAACCCGGACAACACGCCUCCUGUGAGGACCAACAUGGCGCUGCUCGGAUUUGGAAACAUACUGCUGCUACUUCUGCUUUUUGAAAAUUCACUCGGGGCACCUGGUUCAUUCAGCGUGGAUUACCAGAGGGACUGCUUCCGAAAAGAUGGGGAAGAGUUUCGUUUUAUAUCGGGAAGCAUCCAUUACAGCCGGAUCCCCAGAGUCUACUGGAAGGACCGACUGCUCAAGAUGUACAUGGCAGGACUGAAUGCCAUCCAGACGUACAUUCCCUGGAACUACCACGAGGAGUCUCCAGGCCAGUACAGUUUUAGUGGAGAGCGGGAUAUGGAGUAUUUCCUUCAGCUGGCCCAAGAUAUUGGCUUAAUGGUGAUCCUUCGGCCUGGACCCUACAUAUGUGGAGAGUGGGACAUGGGAGGGCUGCCUGCCUGGCUUCUCAACAAGAAAGACAUCGUGCUGCGGUCGUCAGAUCCAGAUUACAUCGCGGCAGUAGAUAAGUGGAUGGGAAAGUUACUGCCCAUGAUAAAGCCAUAUCUCUACCAGAACGGGGGUCCUAUCAUCACUGUACAGGUGGAGAAUGAAUAUGGCAGUUAUUUCGCCUGUGACUACAACUACAUGCGUCACCUGACUAAGCUUUUCCGGUCCCACUUGGGCGAGGAGGUGGUGCUCUUCACCACAGAUGGAGCUGGACUCAAAUUCCUCAAGUGUGGCUCAAUACAAGGCCUUUACGCCACUGUGGACUUUGGCCCAGGUAAUGUAACGGCUGCUUUUAAUGCACAGAGACACGCAGAACCUCAUGGACCUUUGGUGAACUCUGAGUAUUACACUGGCUGGCUGGACCACUGGGGGUCUCCUCACUUUGUCGUGUCAUCCGCCACUGUGACCAAGUCCCUCAAUGAGAUGCUGGCCAUGGGAGCAAACGUCAACAUGUACAUGUUCAUAGGAGGGACAAACUUUGGAUACUGGAAUGGCGCCAACACACCGUACGGCGCGCAGCCCUCGAGCUACGACUACGACGCCCCUCUCUCUGAAGCAGGAGACCUCACAAAGAAGUACUUUGCUAUUCGUGAUGUCAUCAAAAUGUACCGUAAGAUACCAGAGGGACCAAUACCACCUACAACUCCAAAGUAUGGAUAUGGGACUGUUGGGAUGAAAAGGCUCCAAACAAUUUCAGAUGCCUUAGAAAUGCUUUCUUUCUCUGGCCCCAUCAAAAGCAUUUAUCCUCAGACUUUCAUCGAACUGAACCAGGCCUUUGGUUAUGUGCUCUACAGGACUAAACUUCCUGCUAACUGCAACACACCCACACCACUGUCGUCUCCUCUGAACGGCGUCCAUGACAGAGCGUAUGUGUCAGUGGACGGGGUGGCUGUGGGGAUUAUUGAAAGGAACAAGGCCUUAACUGUCAAUGUGACUGGGAAAGACGGCAGUCAGGUGGACAUACUGGUGGAGAAUAUGGGCCGAAUCAACUUCGGAAACCACAUCAAUGACUUUAAGGGCCUGGUGUCCAACCUGACUCUGGGGAAAGACACGCUCACUGGCUGGACGAUGUACAGCCUCAGCAUCGAUGAAGCGGUCAGUCAGGGCCUCCUCGGUGAAACCAAACCAACAGUCCCAUCUCCCCCCGCUGCUCUCUCCCUCCCCACCUUCUAUGAGGGAAGCUUCGUCAUUCCUGACGGCAUCCCAGACCUCCCCCAGGACACCUACAUCAAGCUGCCCAAAUGGAGGAAGGGGCAAGUUUGGAUUAACGGCUUCAACCUGGGACGCUACUGGCCGUCUCGGGGCCCUCAGGUGACACUUUAUGUUCCUGGCUCCAUCCUCAGCAACGCUGUCCCCAACAACGUGACUGUGCUGGAGCUGGAGGGCGCCCCCUGCGGCCCCGGGCCCUGCAGCGUGGAGUUUACCGACACCCCCAUCCUGAAUGGCCCAGUACAGUCUGACUUCAGACAGCAGAGGAGGCUCUUUUCUAAAGAUGAUUUGUUGUGAUAAUAAAGGAAGUGUACAGCUGCACUAAAAGGGAUCUAUUUGCACUUUCUGCCUAUUUUUAAUCAGCACCUGUUUUGUGAAAGAGAGUUCAUUUGGGACAUGAUAUCAAAAUUGAUGAAAUGUGUUUUUAGCAAUUAUUUGAACCAUCACAUAACUGUGAGCUCUCUACCUCACUGAUUCUCCAAAACAUUUUCAUUCAAAGCCUUCUUUUCUUUUAUGCCUAUUGAUAGACAUCACAUCAGGCUCUAUUAUGUAGAAGGUUUUAUUUUAUCGUGAAAAACACAUCAGAGAAAUACCAUAUUAUCAUUCAACUGAGGAUACAUUGUGGCACUGCUGACAUCUACAUUGUCUUUAAAAAUUGUUUGCAUUGAUUGUAAUGCUGUUGAGCAUUUGCCUUUUAAACAAAAAAAAUAAAAGCAUGAUUUUAUAAUACUU